GUGCAAUAAUAUUGCCUGGAAUGUUGGCCCAUUAACAGCAAGCCAGUAUCGUCUAGCUAUUGAGAGAUAUGAGUGGAAUAAAGUAGAAAAAUACAAGUCCAUUGUCCCAAUGGCUCACCUGACAUGGAACUUGGCUAGAAACAUCAAAGUGUCAGAUCAGAAACUUUAUGAGUUGAUUAAAUACUGCUUGAUGAAGACAUUGCAGAUGUGUCAACUUUCCAUAGAUUUGAUGAAAACUCUUAAUAAGGACAUUAGGUGGCAUGGCAGAGGAAAAAAUGAAACUGCCCAUUACUGUGGAAAUUGUGAGCUUGAGGUUUUCAACAUACUGUUUGUUAAAGAAGUGGAAAAAAAGCACACAGUUUAUUGUCUAGACUGUGCAAUGAAAGAGAGUUCAAUAUUGGAAGAGUUCGUAGUUUUGGAGGAAUACACAAUGGAAGAUCUCAUGGAUACUUAUGAUAGUUUUGUUUUACAUCCACUCCCUUCUGCUUCCACUAGUUAUGCAUGACAGUCUGGAAAUUGUAAGAAUUGAAAAUGCACUAAAAGUUUGCAAGGACUGAUACUCAUUUGAAUGCACCAAUAUUACUCUGCUUGCUUGCUGUUUGAAAGCUUUUCAGUUGUUAAUAUUUCUGUCUACAGAAACAAGAAAUCUAGUAAUAAUGUCUUUGCAAAUUUUUGAAGCCACUUUUUUUCCCUUUGUUUUUUCUAUCUGACUGAGGCUGGUUUUCAUCUACAGUAUAUGUAAGUAUAAAGUUAUGACAGCUUUGGUACUAGUUGAGCCACUUGAAGAACUGUGAAUAUACUGGAAUACAACAGAAGACAAGAUUUAAGACUAGUUGAUAAAGACAUGGAAGAGUUCCUGUAUUAAAAAUUUAAAGCCCAAAAUCCAAUACUAAAUGCAGAGAAUGGUCUCUGAAACCACAAAUAAUGGAACCAUUAUAAUCACCAAGGUCUGAAGAAAUUUUCCAGGUUAAGUUGGAUGACCAAACUCUAUCAUAUAUAUAUAUAUAUAUAUAAACAUAAAUGAAUAUAUACAUUGUCUGUCAGAAUUACAUUAAGUGCAAGUUUGCUGAUUGUGACAUGGUGUUAUGAUAAAUAGCAAUCAGUUGAAGGAAACUAAAGUAGCUGUUUCUGAAGAUUUUGGUCUGCUGAUGGUGAAGUUUUGUUUUGUUGUAAAAAGCAGCAACAAAGUGUAAUUAUAUUGGGUUUACACAAGGAUCCUCAGAUAAGAAGCAUCUGUAUUGUUUUUGAACUUUCAUGUGAUAAAAAGGGAAGUUCAGUAUUGAAUAAGUAAAAUUCAUAUCAAAAAUAAAAUAUAAAUCAGAAAAUUAAUUAAUUCAAAAUUUUUUAAAGAUAGGUUUGUGCCAUGUUAAUAGGAGGAUUCAUGUAAACAAUCGUCUUUUGAGAGUUUUGAAGGGGUUUUAAUCAAUGACUACACUGGCUUGAAGCAACAUACUUGAUUUUCAUUCACUUAGGCCUUUAACUUGGAUGUUUUAGACAAAACUUAGUAGAGGGUAAAGAAGUAAUAUCUAUUGAUUUUAAUCACUGCAUCAGAAAUUUAAUUUCCAUAACUAUUAUGAAGGUUAUGUUUUCAGGGUGAAUAUAAUAUAUAUAUACAGGAUUACCACUGCCACAUAUGGUAAACAGACGGGUGAAUUAGAUCAGAUGUCUGUAAAGUAUUCCAUUAUUUAAACAUAUGUUUUAUGAUAGAACAGCUUAUUUUUACUUUCUGUCUUAGUGGAUUUGCAGUAGUGUGUGUGCCAAAAAAAAAAAAGGGAUAAUUUUGGGAUGUGACCUUAGGAAUCCUGUAAGGCUAGCUGCUUUUCAGGGUUAAUUACUUCAAUUAUUUGAGAAAGUUGUACUUAAUUUACAGAGUGUAGAAACCAGAGUUUUGGGCUUAGUUAGUGAAGAAUGUUCUGGUCAUCUUGUAAGUUUGGAAUUUUUGCUCACCAAACUAUGCAACCAUCCUUGAUAACAUAUUUUUGCCAUAGCUGGAAACUGCCAUUUUUCAAAUCAUAGUCAUCAAUUAAGCUCAUCCAUUUUGCACACUAAAACCAUUAAGAAUUUUGAAAGCUGUGUUGUUUGAAACUUGAACUGUGAAGUUUUUAACCAUUGUUCCUCUGCUGGUUUAAAACUUUGGUUGUGGCUUGAGCCACCCAGUUAGAUACUCUUGAAGUUGUACCAUUAACAGUUGAUUUUUAUUAUAAUGUAAAUAUAUAAAAUAACACAUUGUACAUAAGAUACAUUUGUCUUGGUGUUUUUUAUUGAACCUCAUUUUCUUAUUUGUUGUGCAUCAUGAAAUACAAUUGCUCUGUUCAUAUAUUUAUAUAUAAUUAUCAAAAAUCAGAUAUUUGAUUUUAAGAUAGAAAUUACAAAUUACUCUUUUGCGGAAGCCAAAUAAUUUUUAAACUACUUGAUUCUCAAGAAACACUUGUUUCAGUAAAGAACAUGCAUAUCAAAAUAUGUUGUUUCGUUUGAAACUACUUUUUUGUUAACCAUGCAUCCAUCAAGCUAAAACCAGUAGAGGAAAGCUUAUUACCACGUUCAAUGACCAAUUCACUGCCGAUCAUGUGAGAUAUAAACACAUUUUUAUAACUGUGCAAACCAAAGUAUCACCUAAGAGCUUUUGUAUGAAAAAUUUUUCUUUACAUUUUAUGUUAGAUGAGGUAAAUUUGUAUAUGAGGUUUGUUUAUUAUUUUAUUGUAUGUGAAUUAGAUCUCAAUGUACAAUUUUGUCAUUGGUUUGUUAACGAUCAUCAAUUAAUUAUAACGUGAUUGUAUGAAACAGUGCUCAGGAACUUCAGAACAUUUUACAAUAUGUAGCAAGUAAAAGAAAAAUUAUUGACUGAUCUAUGUCAGCUAGCUUAGAUCCAAACUUACAACAUUAGUUUGUGUCGUCAGGCCAGCACGAUCCCUUGAUCUCAGUACAAAUUGUCACGUGUUAGUAUCUUACGGCUUCAGCCUGCCUGCUGGUUGUAUUUAUGUAUUUAAAUAGAAAUUUGUCCAGAGUGAAAAUAAAGUUUUUGUUUUUUUCAA